AUGAUUAGUGCCCUUGAGCAGAAGAAUCGUGAUGAGUUGGGCAAGAAGGCUUUGGAUGGGUGCAGUCCAGACCGAUGCAGACAUUGCAAGACUCUGAAAGACUCUGAUCCUGUGUUCUUUUUGAACCGUUGUGAGAUCCCUGUCCCGCAUCGGCAGUUGGAUUUGCCUGUUGCAUCUGCCGAUCUUUUGUGCAUGCAUGCUGUGUUCCUGAAGCCAGGCCUUCUGCGACCAGGCAAGGGAACCAACAUCGAAGAAGUUCGAGUUAGUUCGCAUGAAGUUGGUGUGAAGUGUCAGUGCAUCUCCGCAAUCAUGGCUUCGGGUGAUUUCUGGCAGGAGAUGAAGCACACAAAGACAGCUCUUGAUGAGAGGGAGGACAUGGAAAGCACAUUCCCAGAUGAAGCGAAGCGACAGAAAGCAGCCUUGGAGCUGGCAUCCUCACAGGUGGCACAGCUUCGACAAGAACUUGCGACCUUAGCAGACGAGCUUGGCGACAUUGCUACGAGCGACCAAGAGCUGACCAAGAUGCGGGAGGCUGAGCACCAGGAGCAUGUGAAAGCUUUCAAAGACCUGGAGCUUGGCUUGGCUGGAGUUCAAGCAGCGAUUAAGGCCCUGCGGGACUACUACUCGCAGGACCGCCAGCCUGUCAAGGUCGACAUGGCAGCAUCCAUGGCGCUUGCAGCCGAAGGGAGGGCACCGCGGCUCACCGAGGUCGAGGCCAGUGCGGCUGGCGCAGGUGUCAUCGGCCUGUUGGAGGUCGUGGAGUCCAACUUCGCAAGAAACAUGGCCGACCUGCAGUCGCAGGAUCGCAACGCUCAGGAGAACUAUGAUCAGAUGAUUCACCAAAGCCAGGUGCUCAAGGCACAGAAGGAUGCCGAUGUGAAGCACAAGACUGCAGAGGCCACCAACCUCGAGCGCAGUGUGACUGAAUUGCGGUCAGACUCAGCUUCAGCGCAGCAGCAAUUCGAAGCGGUGACAGAGUACCUGGCCAAGCUCAAGGAUGAGUGCACUGCCAAGGUCGAGACUCGGGAGGAGCGCAUUGCUCGGCGGGCCAAGGAGAUGGAAGGUCUCCAGGAGGCGCUCUCUAUCUUGGAGUCGCGGUAG